CAUCAAACAAAUGUAUCCUAUGCUGAUUCCAAACAUUUCGCUGUAUAUUCACCGUGCGUACAGAGUCAAAUCGUUGCGUUCGUUGACCAAGUUCGAACUCGCAAAGCACACGCACACUCUACUUCCUGAAGCGAGAGACGCUCGCACGAGUGCGUACGAUUUCACAUUGAGCAUCUCCUUUCGUUGGUCGCAGUGCGAAGGUUUCAACGAAGAGGGAAAUGCUUGUCGCACGGACACCGAAUCCUGACUCCGUUGUGACUGCAUUUGAAAAUGCGACGGCGCUCACAAGUGUUCCUCAGGCGUCAGCUCGCCACUGCAUUCCAGUUCUGAACUCGAGAGACUGUUCGUACUUAGGAUACUUGUGUCGGGAAACAUCACAACACGCGCUGAGUUACUCUGACACACUAACAAAUCUGCGACUUCUCUUUGAACAAUGCGGUCAUAUGGUGCUGUCAACCGACAUAGUCGAGACGCCGCUGCCACUUCUCUCCCUUCUCUUCUCGUAACUGCCCGCCAGACAGGCAGCCCGCGAAAGAAUGCGCUUUUGAAACUUUGCCAACCAAUAGCGGAGCACGCAAUGUCCUUCGGCCAAUGGGUAUCAACUAUGAUGCCUGACGGAGCCGCGAAGAGGGGGAGCUAUGGGGGCCGGGUAACGCCUUACCAGCCUUCCACAUAAGCCGGGAUCCCGUAAGUGUCCCUCCAGACCCCGCCAGGUUGCCGAUGGAUAUCCAACUCUUCAAGUGAACAUCACUGGAAGUCCAGAGUAAGGUGAGCCAUGGGUCCGGCGUGGGAACAUCGAUGACGAUCGUAACUGAAGUGUUCGGCGGAGCCAGGGCACGAUAGCGCAGGGUACAAAGACUGACACGUGAUCUACCUGGGGCUUGAAAGAAGUACUGAAGAAAAAGCAAGUACUCGUUCAACCACCCGUCAACACGUGCCAACAUAGCGAGGGCUCCCAGGGAGGUCACAUUCUUGCACACGGUUGUAACGCGCAAUAAGGUGGGCCAUGGGUCCGGCGUGGGAACAUCGACGACGAUCGUAACUGAAGUGUUCGGCGGAGCCAGGGCACGAUGAGCGCAGGGUACAAAGACUGAGAAGUGAUCUACCUGGUGCUUGAAAAAAGUACUGAAGAAAAAGGUUUGUAAGACUCGAAUACUAUUAUACGCUCCAUUGUGUGGUAUUGCAUUCAGCCAGAUAACAUAGUUGACGGGGACCAUAGCCUGCAUUGCCUUGACGUUUUCUUUUACCGUAGCAGGUAUUCGAUCAACCACCCGUCAACACGUGCCAUCACAGCGAGGGCUCCCAGGGAGGUCACCUUCUUGCACACGGUUGUAACGCGCAAUAAGAGACGAUGACGACCGUUACGACAAAUAAAUCAGAGCUGGAGCUUCACAAACUCCUUGAACGAGCAGACCUUCUCUCCUACUACGACAAAUUCAUCGAGAUAGGCGGGGACAAUGUGCAGCAGCUUCGUGACUCCAGUGAUCAAGAUAUCGAGGAGUUGAUCAACAUGGUAGAUAUGGCCAGAAAGCCACCUCACGUCAAGAGGUUCAAGAAAGUACUGGCAGAGUGGAAACCAGACACAGUUGCAGCAACGUCCACUCCAGCGGAUGGAGCACAAGGGGAGCUUCACAAGCUACUUGGAGGAGCGGAUCUUCUCUCCUACCACGACAAGUUCAUGGAGAUAGGCGGGGACAAUGUUCAGCAGCUUCGUGACUCCGUGGGGAACGAUUUCCAGGAAGUGAUUGACCUUGUUGAUAUGGCCAGAAAGCCAUAUCACGUCAAGAGACUGAAGAAAGCACUGGGCCAGUGGACAGGACAGUCAGUCAAGGUAACAUCCACUGCAGCCGACGAAUCAGAAGAGGAACUUCGCGGAUUACUUCGACGAGCGGAUCUUCUCUCAUACCACGACAAGUUCAUCGAACUGGGCGCAGACAAUGUGCAGCACCUUUGUGACUCAACCGACGAAGAGUUCCGGACACUCGCCGAGCACGUAGGCAUGGCCAGAAAGCCCCUUCACGUGAAACGAUUGAAGAACGCACUCAAACAGUGGUCAGGCCAUGCAGCCGUAAUGACGUCCAUUCCUUUAAACGAGACGGAGCGUGAAGUUCACGAACUGCUUCAGCAAGCGGAUCUCCUCGCCUACUACGACAAGUUCAUCGAGACAGGCGUAGACAAUGUGCAGCAGCUUUUUGACUCGACGGCAGAAGAGUUCCAGGAGUUCAUGGAUCUUGUUGGCAUGGACGGAUUCCCUUUUCACGUGAUGAGGUUCCAGAACGAACUGGAACAGUGGACAGGACACCCAGUGAUAAUGACGCCCGUUCUGGCAACGAAACCGAGACUAUCGGAGAUUCACCACCUCCUUGAACCAGCGGGUCUCCUCUCUUACUGCGAGAAAUUUGAGGAAAUAGGCAUGGACAAUGUGCAGCAGCUUCACGACUUCUCUGACGAAGAGUUCCACGAGGUCACCAACCUGGUAGACAUGGCCAGGAAGCCGUUUCAUGUAAAGAAACUCAAGAAGGUACUCAAAGAAUGGACGGGGCCCGCAGGAAUUUCUCGCUCCAAGGACAUGGCUUCGACAUCUCAAUUUGAUCUCAACAUGGAAAGGAAGUCACAGUGGAAAGACCUCAGGAAGGAAAUGCACGAAGCCAUUGCGGCGGAAGACGAGGCUCGUGUUCUAAAGUGCCUGGAUGCUGCACCUGCUUUGAAACUGUGGUUGGACCCUGUUAAAGAAAAAUCAGCUCGUUACAGAGCUGUUAAAAAGAAAGCCAUCCGUAUACAUGGCCUCUUAGUCUCGCGUGGAUGUGGACUCAAGAACAAGAAAGAAUCUUCGUAUUAUCAACAUCUGUCACGCGUUUAUCGAGCUGAAAUUCGACGGCAACGAUACUACACCAAAGAAUGCAAAGAAUCCUACAUCUGUUACUUGAAAAGCAAAUCGAAGAGCCACGUCGGAUGUGAUGACUUCGACGAGCGAUUGGAGAAGAUGUUCAGAGAACUUUCAACCGACCAAUUAAACGAGGAAAUAUUGAAAGUUGUUGCCACAGCACCGCAUCUGGAUAUACUAUUCGACUACAACAGUGACAACGUUCAGGGGAUCACGGGUUGCAGCGGCAGCCGCGUCCUCGGACUUGCUGAUUAUGAAAAGCAAAGAAUUUCUAUCGGAGGCGGAGCAACGGAAGCCGAAGUCCGGGGCACGUUUAUUCACGAAUCCUGUCAUUUGGCACUUCAUCUGGUGUAUAAAAAUGACGGCAAGCCAUAUUUCCGCGAAGAUACCGAAAUGAAACGGAGAUACAGAGCCAUUCUGGAUGACAUAAAACGAAGAGAAAACGAUGUGGAUCUCUUGAUACGACUAGCUUUGAUGAAAAAUGAAGAACAAGAAGCGCUUGUUCGUAUCCCACACAUACUAACUCAAUAUGGCAGCGAUCAUGGAAAUACGGUUCUCGAAAAAGAGGUACCAGAAUUACGAAAGUUUUUCGAGGAUACUGUCAUACCGGACAUGCAGAAAUACAUUCAAAAUGGAAUCCCGUCCAUAGAUGCGACAAUGAUAGAAAAGGAAAACGCGAGACUCAACAAAGCUUUCAACAUUGGCAAACUCAACAUCAAAUUCGAGAACCAACCGAAGAACAGUGUCUGGGAAAACUCGUUUCUUCACGUAGUUACGAGCCCAGAACUGAGGCUUCUCGAAAUAAUGGUUCACAACGCUGUGCAAUCUGCGGGACUUCCGUACAUGUUUUUCGAUGCAAAACAGCUGGAAUCCGCACUGGAGGAUGUGUUACUAGACUACAAAUAUGCUUUUGCGCUUGUAACGGUCCAACAAAAUGAAGGCGUCCGAAAGAUGAUUAAACUUCUCAGUGAAGUCUCUUGUGUCACUGGAUCAAAAGUCAUCUUGCUCGUGGAAGACAGUGGCAAAGACUGCUUGAUGACAAAAGUGCAACAAGAUGCAUUCUUUGGCGAGAGGCACAAAGUUCACAGCAUCGACGAAGCAAGCUUUGCACAUGUCACGUAUAGCUGCAAAAAAGGAGUUUUCGAAAAUUCCCGCGUAAGACUUCAGGGCCAAGACGUUUCUACAUUUUCGGACGCAACGAAUAUAGAUACCUUCUUACGCUGCGUAGACACUGCGGUUUUCCUAAAGCUAUGCGAGUCGGGGAACAUUGACCUGGGACCUCCUCUUCAUGAACUGGAAGAGCGUGUUCAGAACUAUUACGUGGAAAGAGAGUUCAGAAGAGCCGUGGAAAUUAACUUGAGACUAUGCGAUCUAGACGACGACAAUGAGGCUUUCGCACUUCUGGGCUGUCCACACAAUCAGGUCGCAACACUUCUACCUCGCGGUUGCGAGCCAAAACCCAAGGAGGAAUUAAGGAAGUUCGAGAAAUUCGUACUCCUGCAAGAGCAACGUGACUACGCAGCUCUCCUGGAAGAUGGUCAUUUCCGAAACAAAGUAGUGCACCUGCUAAAGUUCGACGAAUCUCGUACAAGAUUCUUGUGGGCCAAAUCAAAUGGUCGUCUCAGUCACCUUCUAAUGACUGGAAGUGAGAAUUACACUGAGGACGCGUUGUUGAACGUAAACGAUAAGGUUGUCAUAGUCUCUGCUGCACCAGGUAUGGGAAAGAGUAUGCUGGCAUCUCGGUUGUGCACAGAGUUGAAAACUCAAGACAAGAAGAGGUGGGUGCUCUAUGUCGACCUUCCUCAGAGAAUGGCAUUAGUGAAAACUGCGUCGCCUAGUCUGGGAUAUCUAGCGGAUCUGUGCCAAGUACGAAAGGAUGGUCUGGAGUUCGCUUUCUUCGAAGAAAGCUUGAAGAAUGGUAGCCCUUUCGAGGUCGUCGUCAUGUUGGAUGGCUUCGAUGAAGUCAACGACGAAUGCCGCAAGUGUGUGCUGGGCCUUAUACUGUUUCUUGCUAACAAAAAAGUUUACAAGGUGUACCUUUUUACUCGCACCGUGUGUAAACCCCAUGUACAAGAUACCUUGCACACUGUGUCAUAUGACCUCAUUCCUUUUUCUGAUGAAAACCAGAAUGAAUUCCUCACAAGAUAUAGGGCCCAAAGAGAAACUCCAGCCACCAGCAAUGAGGCAUUUCUGCAAAAAUUCGAGCAACUGUAUGGGACAUUGAAGAAGAAAAACAAGACAAUCCUAGAAACCCCUCUCCUACUUCAUAUGAUGGCUCAGAUGGAGAGCGGGGAAAUUACAAAGUCUGACGAUUACUCUUCGCUCCUUAAUAUUGUUGACAUUUCCGGUGGGAGCAGUAUAUACACUGUACACAUCUACAAGAUGUUUGUCGAGUACAAGCAUCUUGUGCACCGUAAAGAGAAGGUGAAGGAAGACAUCUCCCGAAGUGCUGUGCGAGGGGACAACCAUGACACGAAGUCUCCGUUCUACGUAAACCAUGGUCUCCUGGCUAUGAAGUGUAUAUUUCCUCAGGAUAUAUUGAAGAACUUAUUGAAUGAAGACGAAUUAGAGGAGUUCGAUCCCGAAGGAAGUUUCAUCACCGACGUUGAUUCUUUCAAAGAAGGUUUUGUGAAUAGAAUUAACGAUGGAGGAAUUCCCGAGUUCGUUCAUAAGACCUUCGCUGAAUUUUUCGCAGCUCACUACCUGUUGGAAAGGGCAAAAGGAAGAAAAAAAUCCAGGUUUAGGGAAAACGUCGUCGCAUUGUAUGGUAAAGAAGACUACGGGGCUGUAAUGAUGUUGUUCGAUGAACUGGCGUCGGCGUCCUAUCCACUUCACUCUGCCGUGAUGAACAAUGAUGAUUCAUAUGUUGAGCAAGUCGGUAUUCAAAGAGAGGACAUGUUGAAGGUGGAUGAGCUCAAAAGGACGCCAUUGCACGUAGCAGCUCUGCAUUCUGAUGAAGCAACAUUGAAGAUGCUUCCAAUGGAUGACGAACUAAUCAAGAAUGAUUUGUUUCAAAUGUCACCAUUCGAGUACGUGGAGCUCUGUUCUCCAUGGAAGGAAAAAUUCUAUGGGAUGUGGUGGGAACCUUCUCGGACUGAGGCUUCACCUGUGCAAGAGAGACUCGACGUAUUAUGCGCUCGAUGCAGUGAGGAAGCAGUGAAACGUUCUACCCAAAAUCUGCGCAGGUGUGAAACCUUCAAGCAAAAGAGACAUUUUCUCGAACGAGCAAUAUUCACGGCUCUGAUACACGACCUGCGAGGCGUUUUAGACGUGUAUCUGAGCUAUGUGUCCCCGAAAGAGAGUACAGUAGAUCUGCACAAAGACAUCAUGGACCAAUUAGAAUCACGCAAGAAACGAAGCUUGAGAUGUUCUGCAGAGCCUUCGGUAAUUGGAAACCUUGAUGACUUUGAGGACUGUGACUAUAAAACUGCCCCUUUUUACGCAAAGUCGGAGGUUGUUUGCAAAAUGCUCCUUCCUUACUGCGAUAUGGGACUUCGUGACAAGGAUGGAGACACAAUGUUGCACAAUAGCGCGAAUGAGGGAAAUCUGGAGACAACACAGUUUUACCUCGCACGUAUAUCCAUUAACGAAAGAAAUAAAUACUUUCGAACUCCUUUGCACUUGGCUAAAGAUGCAGAGAUGGUGAAGCUACUUCUUCCUCUUUAUCCCUCAGUGAAUGUUCUCGAUUAUUAUGAAGAAACUCCUAUGGAUAUAUGUGCAAAGAGAGAUUAUUUGGAGGCCAUGAAGUUGUUACUCCUUCGCACUCGGAUAUAUGACUCACAUCACGUGAGACUGAACACAACGCUUCAUGUGGCUACUUACUAUCUUUCCCCUGAAGCUGUGACGUUUCUUCUUCCUCACGCAAAUGCGCACAUGCUUAACUACAGAGGAGAAUCAUGCUUAGACGUUGCUUGGACUUGUUUGAGAUCUGAGAAGAGUUUGGAGUCCAACACUGUGAGCUGUCUCAUCCCACACUCGAUCGUGAACUCACCUGAAAUGUUCGGCUCAUCACCGUUGUACGUCUGGGCGAGACGUGGUGUAAGGAAAGUGAUGCAAACUCGAUGGCCUUAUUUGCGACACAGUGACCCUAGGCAUGCACAGAGGAUCAACAGAAGAUAUGUGGACGUGAACGAGGAUUUCCAAGAUGAAAUUUGGUGUCUGAAACUUCUCUUCCUCCAUUUAGAUGUCAUCACUGGUGAUCGUUAUGGCAGUAAACUGCUACAUGAUGUGGCUAGGGAGAAGCUACGUAAAAUACAAGUUAAUUAUAUUAAUUACAUGAAGAUGUUAGUGCCGCCUUUAAAUCUCACUGAGCAGGAGAAGCUACGUAAAAUAGAAGUUAAUUAUAUUAAUUACAUGAAGAUGUUACUGCCGCAUUUAAAUCUCACUGAGCAGGAUUAUGUAGAGUGUAGCGUAGGAAAUGACGACAUUGUUACCUUAUAUCGAAGAUGGUCGCACAUGAAUAACAUCGAUGAUCCCCAUAUUCACGAUGUCAACGCGGAAAUGGUCGACGACGAUGGCAAUACGAAGUUGCUCAUAGAAGCAGAGGAAGGAAAUGUGGAAGCUGUUAAGAUUCACCUCUCCCCUUCAUCCGCGUGCUUUACAGAUGAAGAAGAGAACACUGCAUUGCACUUGAGCGCGAGGAACGGACACACAAAUGUGGUGAAGCAUCUCAUUCCUUUUUAUACAUCAGUGGACGUGAUCAAUGUGGAUCAAAAAACGCCCAUGCAUGUGUGCGCCUCAAAUGGACACCUGGACGUUGUAAAGUUAUUAUUACUCCGCUCUAGAAUCAGUUCACGUGACCAGUGUGGAUGGACACCUCUUCACUGGGCCUGUGAAAGUGAUGAAGUUGAUAUCGUGAACUUCCUUCUUCCCCACUCGUUCCCCAAUAUGCGCGACACAGAGCCUUACAACCUCAGUCGUCAGUUGUGGUUUGUUGACCGCUACAAACCUCGCAACAUGCCGAAGGUGAAGUCAAGCAAGCGGAAGCUGAUAAAUUCUUGGAUUGAAAAGUUCGAUUGCUACACCACCGAUGAGGAUGUAGUAUUCUGUCAGCCGUGUGGGAGAAAAGUCGCAUGCGAGAAAAAAUGUCACCUGGACCAGCACGCUGCCACAGCCACCCAUACGUUCAACUGUGGCAAAGACCUCCCGUCCACGUCGCGGCAAAGCUUUCUCAAGGACUGCGCGCCAGAUGGAAAGAAAAGUGCUCUGCACGCUGAUUUGUGCACAGCACUUGUGGCAGCGAAUAUUCCGUGGACCAAGCUUGAGAAUCCCGCUUUCAGGAGUUUCUUGGAAAAAUACUGCAACACAAAAAUUCCAUGCGAGUCCACACUGAGAAAAAACUAUUUGGGAUAUACGUACGAGGAAGUGCUUUCCAGCAUUCGGUCUGAGGUAGGAGACUCCAGCAUUUGGAUUUCAGUGGACGAGACGACGGAUGCCAAUGGUAGAUACAUUGCGAACAUGGUAAUUGGGAAGUUAGAAUCGGAGAAACCGACUCGGCCAUUCCUGAUUGCUAGCAAGCCACUGGAGAAAACGAACGGCAAUACAGUGGCAUACUUCGUCAACACGUCUCUUAAGAUUCUCUAUCCCUCUGGGGCUGACGACGAGAAGGUACUGCUCCUAAGAACCAAUUUCACAGAAGUCAAUCAACUCGUCUCCUCAGUGAAAAAGGUGUUCCUGAAAGCCCCCGCUAGAGUUCAGGCAUUUAAGGACAAGCUGCCUGACGUACCACUUCCUCCUGAACCCAUUUUGACCCGAUGGGGUACGUGGCUGAAUGCAGUGGACUACUUACACAGCCACUUUGAAGGUCUGCGCUCUGUGAUUCUCGAGUUCUCGAGAGAUGAAGCAGAGAGCGUAAGGCGUGCACAGGACAUCUUUGAGCUGGCGAAGCUUCCUGGAGAACUGGCACACAUUUCGGCGAACUACGUGUUCAUAGCUGACAGCAUCAGGCGACUGGAGACUUCCGGUCAAGCACUCUGCGAUGCUGUUGCUACCAUUGCUGCUGUGCGAGAAAAUAUCGAGAAAGUGCCCAAGGGGCCUGUCGCCGACAAAGUACUGAAAAAGCUUAAGUAUGUUCUGGAGAAAAAUCCAGGGUUUAAAAUCUUAGAAUCAGUGGCUGGUGUGCUUGCCGGAACUGAACUGAUGACACCAGAGGAAAUACGCCCCUCGGACGUUCCAAAGCUCAAGUUUGCGCCAGUUACUUCGGUCGACGUUGAACGUAGCUUCUCGGCGUACAAGCUCGUACUUAGCGACAGGCGACGAAGUUUCACGCCCACAAACUUAGAAAUGGUGCUUGUGUCAUAUUGUUACCAUAACCUCACCUGCAACCGGCAACGGUUCCAUGAACCUUACAGUGGCCCAUUCGACUCUGGGAAGGUCAAAAACAACAGCCGCUCCGCUCCACAGGAGCAGCGGAAUCUGGCACUGGAGGAAGCAGUGCUGCUGGUGACUCCGAGAUACCACAAAACGGGCAGUGAUCCGUGCGACAAAUAUGGAAGCGGUGUAAACGUUCACGAAGCGGGAGGACACCAUGAGCCAGCUUCCACUGGAGACUCGCUCGACGAGCGUCCAACCAGCCAGCCGUGA